AUGGAUUCAGCAGACUCAGCCACAGGGACAAGGAGCUCACGUUCCAGACGCCAGGCACCCGCACCGACUUCACCCCCCUCCAUCCUCCGUGCCUCUCUUUCGAGACAACCUUCCAAGAGUGUUACUGAUAACAAGGCUGAUCAGGAUAUAGAAAUGACCCCCGCCUCGCCACCCCGGCCAAGGAGGGGCAACACCCGCGGGUCGAGUGUCUCGUCUGCCUCCACAGCCAAAGAAGAAUCGAACACGAGGAGCAAACGGACCAACAACACCUCGACUCGACAGACUGGUGCCAGGGCUGCCACGGAGGAAAGAGACGAGAAUGACCAGGACGAUGAUCAAGUCUUGGAUAGUCCUGGGCGGCCUACGCGUUCAAGGAGAGGGACCACAACGGCAGCAUCCCACAACGCCACCGUAGUCGCAGAGCCUGAGGUGGCCAUCGAAGAUGAAGAACUCUCUGUCGACAAGGACGACGCUGAUGUGGUAGAGGAGGUCGAGGAAGUCGAAGGAGAUGGAGAGGAGAUUGAAGGCGAGAUCGAGGAAGCAGGAGAAGCCAAGAUCACUAAGGAUGGAGAACUUCUCGGAGGGCGUGAAUACAAGUGCAGGAACUUCAAACUUCCAACAAGAGGCGACCGGAUCUACAUGAUGUCCAUGGAUGCAGCGCGAGUUCUUGGCUUCAGGGACAGCUACCUCUUCUUCCUAAAGAACCCCCAAUUGGUGCGCGUUAACACAACAGUAGAGGAGAGGACAUGGAUGAUUGAAAAGGGCAUGCUGAUGGCCAACUUCAAGUCAAAGCUCAUCGCUGUCGUGACCGCUCGAUCGCUUUUCAAGUCAUUCGGGUACAAGAUCAUCAAAAAGGGCAGGAGUCGUGUGGACGACUACUAUGAAUCGCGUGCGACAGACGAUGGUAUGGCGGAUGACUCUGAGGACGAUACCGCAUCGAAGGCAGAAGAGGAUGGAUCAACAGGUGCUAACGGGAACGGACCCAACUCAGAGGACACCCAUGGUCAUGCAGGAGGAAAGAGAAAACACACGUUGCUGCAACAGGAGGAAUCGGCUCGCCAAGUAACGGACCUGAACUGGCUGUAUGAGAGCGCAAUGGCUGUCCGGACACUGAACGGACAGUUGAAGGAGUUGCGGAAAGAGAACCCAAAGUUCCUGGACCCUCAUACCAACAUCGAGCAGAUUCCUUUGGCAACGCAGCCUGAGCGAUGCAAUGUCGCCGUGGCACCAAAACCAAAGAGUGAGGAGCAGGAUGCGAGCUCGAUAACUUUCCCACUGCCGACGGUUUUGUCCAUACCUCGAUCCAUUGGCCCUUUGGUGGAUGCUGUCGUCAAAGUCGAGAUUAAAGGAGCAACACCUGCACCACCUCUCAUCGACGAUCCUGCUGUUUGGGCAGUCAUCCCAGAGGACAUCCGCAGAGCGUUAGAGGUAGCAGAGUCAGCAAAGUCUAAGGAGAACGAAGGCGACGAGGAUCUCACAAAAUUUCCUUUGUCGCUAUUGGAAGGGCAAUAUCAGGCAGCCUUUCCUGUUCACCAAGCCCGCUUCCAGCAGCCGUAUAGAGUGGUAUUGCCAGCAGGCAUGUCUGGCCAUGCGCAAUACCUUCACCACCUUAACAUUAUGCAAUCAGGAGGAUUGACAGGACCGUUAAUGGAACAGGCAACAUUACCAGGAGCAACUUCAGCACAUGAUAUUAGACUCAUCCAGUGGCAACAACAGCAGCAGCAACAAGCGCAACAGCAACAGCAACAGCAGCAACUUCAGCAGCAGCAACAAAAGGCACUUCAACAGGCGAAGCUUCAGCAGCAACAGCAAGAACUUCAGGCGGCUACCAAGAAGGCGGAUUCGCCAGCUGCCCAGUCGACUAGCGUCAUGUGUGGAGCGCCGCUGAAAACUGGAUUGGGAUACUGUCAGCGGUUGGUCAGUACACAAGGCGAACACUGCCCGAACCACCGCGGAACCAACUCGAGUCUGCCAGGAACGCCAUCCAUCAACGGAAAACCAUCUGCAAGCACUUGUGUGGAGUGCAACUCGACUUCUGCACCCACAGACGCCGUCCCUAAGGACAGACCACUUCCCUGUACCUUGACGCAUCUCAACAAGUGCAAAACAUGCACCAAGAACUAUCACCCGCUCUGUUUGCAGUUGGAUACGCCCAGGAUCGUUUCAGCUAUCGGAUCAUAUCCUUGGCAAUGCAACGACUGCAAGCUGUGUGUAGUGUGUCAGGAGGCGGGAGAUGAGGCGUCGUUGUUGAUCUGUGAUGAUUGCGAUCGUGGCUGGCAUAUGAGUUGUUGUGACCCUGCUAUCGAGGAAGUUCCUCAAGACGAUUGGGUGUGCUCAUUCUGUGCGCAGUGUCACUCUUGCCGAGGAACCGAAGAUCCGUCUACUCGAUACAAGCAUGCAGUCUCCAACCCCGGUGGAUCCAACAAGUACCAAACCUACCUCACCACGUUUUGCUCUGCUUGUCACGAGAACUUUUCUCAGGGCCGGUUCUGUCCAGUGUGUGUGCGAACAUACAAGGGCGAUGGUGGCGAGGACGAUCAAUCGGAUGUGGCGGGAGAGGAUGACAACAACAUGGUGUGCUGUGAUGAAUGUAAUCGAUGGGUGCAUAUGGACUGCGAUGACCAACUGACAGAGGAGAAAGUUGAGGAAAUGGGCACAGACGAGAGCCUCAAGUACACAUGUCCUCCGUGUGCAGGCAAGGUGGCGACUUUGAAACCGGGUGCUGGGCCUCCAUCAGCGAUUGCUAAUGUGUCUUCAGAGAUAGCAAUGCUUAGUCUCCGGGGUCAAGCUCCUCCACUGGCCAAGGCAUGUGGGACACUUGGGGGCAAGAUACUUGUUCGUGGAUUGGUCGAGCACCAGGGUAAGAAGAUUGGAGCGCCCGAAAUUGUGGCCGCGGGUGUUGAAUACGACCGGCGGUUGGUGAUGGAGAUUGCGGCCCUGAAAGAAAAGGCGGAGUCCAAGCAGCGGGGGAAGCAAGGUGGUGCUGGUAGUCGUGGAGGUCGUGGUGGUCGUGGUGGCCGUGGUGGCCGUGGUGGUCGUAGUGGUCGUGGUCGUGGCCGUCCAUCGACCAAGAGUAGAAGUCCUGUCCGCCGGGCGUCAAUUGCAUCCUCGACGUCUUCAUCCCUUUCAUCUCUGUCGGGAUCUGUUGAUAGUUAG